GCGAUUUUUAUGUGAGUCAUUUGAUGACGCAGAGGAAUUCUAUGCAGUUCUAAUUCUUUAUGAUUCAGUUUGAUUUUUGCUCGGAAAGUAAGAACUCAAAGGCGGUGUCUUUUACGGCGAAUCCGAAAGCUAAACUUCCGACUCAUCCAUUUCUUCAAGCGGUUGCCUCGCGCUGCCGUUGUCCUUGGCUCCACAGAAAAUCAAACUUGAUCUUUGCGCCGAAUAAAUAACUUCCUAUGCUACUUUCUCAACCUCCUGUUUCAGUUCCUUUAUCCUGAUUCAGAAUGCCAGCGUCGACGACCGCAGCUGCGCACUCGGCAAAAAAGGGCAGCACUGGUCUACCGAAAAAUGGUUCUGCGACCACGACAAGCAGCGGCUGCCUGCGCACCAUCCGGAUUCGCAACUUGAGUGGCACAAAAGUCGUCGAAAAGCUCGUGGACCCAUCGAAGGUCUUAACCGUUGCCGACCUGUGUGCGCACGACAUCAUCGCGGACGCCAUCGACGUAUGAAUUGCAAAAGUAUAAUCCGUACUAGCUAUAGAUCGAAUGACAAGUUUCGCCAAGAGGAAAAAUGGCGUUUGUGAAGCUGGAGAAGGAGGUAUUGAUAUUCAAAAUAGAUAUCUGUGGUCAGGCAUAACUGCAAUCACUUUCUCUACGAGUUCGAGUGCGAUACUUUUGCAAAGGAUACGACGCAGACCAGUUGCUACCGCCGGUGCAUCGUUUACAGUGGCUGCAAAUUACGUUAGAGGAAACCUCCGCGGACGAGAAUUAUGACGAUGCCCAGCCCCAGGAUCCAGGCGCUGCUGAGCAAGAACAUGAGCACCCAGAGACUUUUCUGGACCGUAAGACACCAAUCGAUUACGGAGAUGUUGAUGGCGGGUUAUCGACAGCUGCUGGAUGCGAGAAGUCCUCCUCGAAAACACCAGUUCCAUCGUUUCAGUUCGUCAUCACACCUCCCGAGUUUAGCGUGGCCCAACUGACAAAUGGUAAAUCGGUGGAGGAAUUCGAGCGGUCGGAUCCGUAUUUUCGCUUUGAAGAGUUUUUCGCAAGUUUCACUCUGGAGCAGGCCCGUUCCUUUGUGUACGACCGCAGUUGGGAGCUGAUUGACGCCAUGAAUUUGAAAGACGAGACGAAGGACAGUGCCCGCAACUCCCUUCCGGAUACGUGGUUGCCCUGUGGGACCACGGCGCUAGUACCGAAAGAUGAACGUGCGGACCCGUACGAGGUACUGCAUCAUCUCGCUGGAAUCGAAAGCCAAAUAGCCCUGUUCGUCAGCUUGUUGACGGCCAUCUUUGAGUUACCAGAAACGGAAUGGAACAAGCACGAGAGGCUCUCGGGGGGAAAGUACUUUGCCUGGGCGCGACGCGACCGCUAUUGCCGAAAGCUGCGGGUUCAGUUCUUUCACCACGGGGACAAUCUUCAGCCCGACUGGAAUUUUUGCAGCGAUGAACACUGGACAGACAAGCGCCGCGAAGCAGCUCAGGCGGAGCUCGGCAAAAAGAUCUUCCGAUUUUCUAACCUGGGCGGACAGGCUGCGGCAAAAGAAAUCGGAGUCGUUGUGAUGAAUUCGUGGCGGGCUACAAACUUUCUGCGAGUUUAUGACGCCGAGGUAGAGCUUGCUUUCCGUCUCACCAUGGAAGACUUGGCCGCCCAGUCAACGAAGACGAUGAAGGAGAACGAGGAAGGUGCAGCAGGAACUACUUUGCUUGGUGAACAACCAGACAAAAAGCCUCUACUUCAAGAUGAACCAGUAAAUAAACCGGAACGAACUGAACUGGAAGAGUUCUGCAGGGCAUUGGAGUUCGAGCUGAGUCGCGAGCAAAUCGCCUUGAAGUGGCAGGAAGCAGCCCGAAACUACGCGAAUUCAAACCUGUGGGCCGACGCCGCAGCAGGGGCAGCCGAAUACCUCGCGAACCCAGGCACCGAAUGGGAGGGCGACGAGGAUUCGCCGCCCACAAUCGACGACUACAAGGCGCAUUACCGUGAGGAGCACCGAGGAGUUGUGAAGUACCUUAAUCGAUACAUCGAGCCGGGCCUGGAAUCCCUCGAACCGCUCCUCCGUGCCCUGAUUCAGCCGCACGUUAAGCAACGCGACGUUGGAGUUGUGGGAGAAAACAAGGGCAAGAAGAAAAAGGCGGCAGCAAGUGUCGUUCCUCCUCCUCCUCCUCCAGUGUACGUGCACGACUUCGAACCGCUUAUCAGCGACAUCCUCGAGCUCGCCGAGGUCUGCUACCUGGAACCGCGCAACACAAUUCUGCACGAGCUCGGGAUUCCGCAGAACUUCCGGAAGACCCUCGAGGAGAAGUACGGGGACCAGCUACCGCUGCCCUGGAGUGGAGUGGAACACCACUGGGCUGUGGAAGAGGGAGAAUCGGUAUACGUUCUUCUAAGUAGUUCUUUAUCGGCCAGAUUAAGACAGGUGGAAGCGUUUGCUGACGACGAGGAGAAUGUGGAUGCCUAUUUGUGUGCAUGUUGUGGAUUACCAGCAUACAACCAUACGUAACAACCUGCCAGUAGUAUCUAUGUAUUAGUGUAGUUUACAAAGAGGAAGCAAAGCUACUUACGACAUCAACAUAGUGCUAUGAAUACUUGCGCGCAGUUAUAAAGAGCACCAUUUUGCAAUUUCAUCGACAUUUUCGUAUAAGGCAUUAUAUUGUUGCAACUGAUUCUUGAAAAUGAAUAUGAAAUUCAAAUUACAGGAUAAUCUCGACGGCAUUGGCAGUUUUUCGGACGAGUUACUCAAUAUAAUCCCCCAGCAGCUUCCGGAGCCGGCCCAAAUGAAGAAGAUGCAGACUACGAGAAUGAAAAUAGCGGGAAAGGCAAAGCAGCCUUGUGCCAUGAAGAAAUCUUCCGCUGCGGAGGCGGGGCCCUUUGCAGUAACGAUGGAGAAGCAAAAACAAAAUCGGGAAAAACCGAAAGGCAAAACUGCCGCAGUGAAGAAGAAAACCAAAGCGGUAGCAAUGGCCAAGGCCACCGCAAUGAAAGAGAAAGUUGAGAAAAAGGAAAAGGCUGCUGCUGCCGCACCUCGAGGAACUGAAAGCACCAAGAACAAGAAGAAGAGCAGCAGUAAAAAUAAAAAAGACACGUCUUGUUCGUCUUCUGCGGUCGUGAAGAAGGCAGCUAGAAGUGCGUUGAAGAAAAAGUCGCCGGGUAGUAUGAAAAAGUCGGCGUCCGGAAUGAAGAAAAUUUCCGCUAGGGCAGCAAAAGUAUCCAACAAGUCUGUCGCCGCAGGGAAAAAAUCGAACAAGAAGACGUCGAUGAAGCAAACACCUUUGAGCACUGCAGGCGCAGGUGGAGGUACCAAGGGUAAAAAGUGCGCUAAGUCUUCAGACUCCGCAAAGAACGAGGGCAAGAACGGAAACAAGAAGGAGCUCAACAGUACGAAGAAAAAGGUGUCGAAAAAGGAAGCCGCGCAGAAACAAAGAGCAGGUGGGGGGAAAGCGAAGAAUGUCGCAGUGAAGAAGAAAAAGAAGUAAAACGCUCCCUGUUGCUAAGAUGACAGUGAAUCAGGAUAACAUCAGAAAAGUACGAUUAGGAUAGCAUACAUAAGUUGUGAUUGGACUGAGAGGGGUCAAAGGUACUUUCUGCACGUGUGUGACCCGGUGCACCGAAGAGUAAAG